AGUUUCUGCUGAGCGAGACUUGCACAGCGCCUUCCUACUUCGUCCAGGGUUAGUCGUUGUGGCCCAUCUUCCUCGAUCACCUCGUCGAAACCAACUCUCGAAUUGAUGUCGGUCUCAAAUCGAAACGCCGACCGCCGGCGAUAUCCCCCCGUCGAUCCGCCGUCGUCGUCCACGAUCGUGAGACACAAGAAAUUCUUUAGUAGACUCAUGAAGUCCAUUUUCAGAGGUCGAAACAAAGAGGCGAAGGAAGAGGAGGAUUUGGAGAAGAUCGCGGCGAAGGAGGAGAAGGCGUUCCGGUACGAAAAACUGGUCGCGGCCACCCACAACUUCAGCCCCAAGCAAAAGCUCGGUGAAGGGGGGUUCGGACCCGUCUUCAAGACGCAGGGGCGGCUGGAGGACGGGCGGGAGGUGGCGGUGAAGCAGCUGGGAAAGGGAUCGCGGCAGGGGGCGAGGGAAUUCCAGAACGAGGCGUUGCUGUUGUCGCGGGUGCAGCACAAGAACGUGGUGAACCUCUACGGCUACUGCGUCCACGGCGACGACAUGCUCCUCGUCUACGAGUACGUCCCCAACGAGAGCCUCGACAGGCUCCUCUUCUCCCGCGGACAGGAGGAAGAUCAGUGGCGGAGGAAGUCGACGGAGCUGGACUGGAACCGGCGAUUCCAGGUGAUGGUGGGGGUAGCACGGGGGAUCCUGUACCUGCACGACUCGGCGCACAUCUCCAUCAUCCACCGCGACAUCAAGGCCAGCAACAUCCUGCUCGAUGACGGAUGGACGCCCAAGAUCGCCGACUUCGGAAUGGCGCGUCUGUUCCCGGAGGAAGAAACCUACGUCAAGACCCGCGUCGCCGGCACCAACGGCUACAUGGCCCCCGAGUAUGUCAUGCGCGGCCAACUCUCCACCAAGGCCGACGUCUUCAGCUUCGGCGUUCUCGUCCUCGAGCUGAUCUCCGGCCGCAAGAGCAACUCCUUCAUUUUCCCCGACCCCGACGCCGGCUCCCUCCUCGAAUGGGCCUGGAAGCUUUACAAUCAGGGGCGGAGCGUGGAGCUGAUGGAUCCUGUUCUGAAGCCCACCGCCGACGAGGAGCAGGUGGCGUUGUGCGUGGAGGUGGGCCUCCUGUGUACCCAAUCCGACCCCAAGCUGCGCCCUGACAUGAAGCGCGUUGUCAUCGUCCUGUCGAAGAAGCGGACGGCGUUGGAGGAGCCGAUGAUGCCCGGGGUUCCGGGGUCCUUGCAUGCAAGAAGGUACCACGUAACCCCGGGCGGCUCCCGCAUCUCCGCUGGCAAAUCUUCCUUCGUCUCCGCCUCCACCUGUUCCACCGCGUCGUCCUCCACUGCCACCUCAGCUUCGGCCUCCACCACCCCCUCGACUUCGGCCUCCACCGCCCCCUCGACUUCCACGGCCGCUUCGACCAGCCGGACGCGCCAUGCAUCGCAGCAGGAGCAGCGCCCGUUGCGACGGCACUAGGCUUGUCUUGUGCUCUUCAUUCAUUCUUUGUAAUUUGUUGGUAUAUACGUAUAAUCUGCUCAGAUCAUACCUAAAUCUGAGCAGGUAUUUUAGUUUA